CUUUCCGGAAGAGGCGGGCGGGGCCGCCGCGGCGCUGCCCCUCUCCAAGAUGGCGGCGGCUCCCUCGGCCUUCUCCCCCCGCUCACUCCUGCGCAGGCUCCGCAGACCCCCCUCCAAAAUGGCGAUGAUGUCAUAACCACGAGAUUAAACGAGCAGUGAUGGAAUCACUGGACACUGAGGUGAGAGCACGGAAGACUCUGGGGACUGUUGAAUAUGUUGAGUCUUCCAGUUUCCCCCAGGGCAUCCUGCCCACCAAGAAGGAUGUGGUUCAGAACAUGCUGUAUUUGCUGCAGCCCAAACGAGCUGGCCAGGCCCAGCGCUCCAGAGAUGCAGCCCAGCUGCUCGCUGAGCACCCAGAGCACUGGUUGGUGUGCAACUUGCAUACCAUUGCCACCCAAAAUAUAAAGAAACUCAUCCUCAAAAUGUAUGAGGAGUUUACCAGAUUGUACCAGACCAGGAAGCAGAGACAGAACCAGGCUUUUACCGAGCGGGCAGACAAAUUCAACGAGAGUUCAGAGAAGCUCUUUGACAUCUUCUGCACCGACACGGAGCUGAGGGAUAAACUGGAGGAAUACAGUGGGAUCAAAAUGACCAGCAUUGAGUGGAAAUUCCUGGAAGAUCAAAGGAGUGAGAGGAAAAUGUACUACGAAGACUUCACGGACAAGCAAGAGCUGAAGAUGAUGGAGAGGAGACAAAAGAUCCAGUGUCUGGAGCACUUCAGGAAGCUGGCCAAGGAGGAGAAGGAAGGCACCAAAGCCAAGGAAAGGAAAUACAAAAGCGAUGAGCAAUCAGACGAAGGCACCAGCGUGGAUGAGGCCUACCCUGCCGAGGAGGAGGAGAACGGGGGGGCCCCCGCCUUCUCGCUGCGGGGCCGCCGGAAGCGCCGCUGCACCAUUCCUGCCGGCGCCGCCGUGCCCUUGGAGUGCGAGCACAUCCGGAUGAGCAUCAGGCGGGUCAGGCCGGGCUUCUAUGAGACUGUGGAGAAGGUCCAAAACUGCUAGCGCACGCCGCCGCCCUCUGCAGGCAGGCAGGCAGGGCUGCUGGAGCACCAGGCGGCAAGGCACACGUCUCAGCAACUUUGAAACCCCACCCUCGACUGGAAGCGAUUGUUGGGAGAUCCUCCCUUCCCCCCGGCAGCACUCGGGAACCUCCCAGAAGAGAGCACUGGGACAGCGACCACAGCGGCAAGGACUGAAAGCCCCGAGUUUGGGAGAAGGAGGCAUCAGCACGAAACAGUGCUGAGGCUCUGGCAACCCGAGGUCACGAUGGAAGCUGCUUCUUCCCAGGUCCUGCCUACACCCGCGGGUUUUCGGGAGUCUCUCUGUGCUAGGGGUGGCCUGGCAGUGUGGAACAGGACUCGGGCUUACUGCAGGGAAACCACUCGGACUUGCUGCUGCUGCUGGAAAACCCGCCUGCUGAAAAGCCUCAGCUCCUGCUGGUUACAGUGGGAGUGAGAGGUGCUUGACCCCUUCCAGUGGGGCUCAGCGUUCCUGCUGGGAGGGACACUGGUUUCCAGCUGGUGUCCCAGUCCUGGAGAGGCACCCGUGUGUGGGGGAGGGGUUGCUCUCUUGCUUGAGGAGGGGGAGAGAGCUUGAGAGCUGUUGGAGUGCAUUGUCUGUAAAAGAGUUAUUGAUCUGAAUGUUUAUUCUAGAUUUCUAUUUUAAUGAUGUUUCCUUGAUCAGGAGUAACCUUCCCCAGAACUGGAUGAGCUUGAAUGUCAGGUCCCUGCUCCGGGGUCUGAGGUGGGAACUCCUGAACCAAGGGGUGAUGUUUGGACUGCUGGGGGCACCUUACCUAAAUUUUAAGAUGGGAAGGAUUUUAUAAACUGUUAUCCUGCCUUCUUAGCCUGUGGGGAAGACAAAAGCCUUCCUGGGUGCAGGGAGCUGCUGACAUCCAAGUCUGGAUCCUGGUGUCCAUGCAGACCAUUUGGGUGGAAAUGGUGGUUUUCCACCAAGAGCUGUUUGGACACCAUGUGCCCCUCUUGCUGCAUGCAUCCUGAGCAGUGAGGUGUCUGACUCGGGAUACCUGCAGCAGGAGGUGUCUCCUGUUGGUAGGUAGAGUUGCUUUACUGUUUUGGUUUUUGGCUUUUUUUUUAAAGAUGAGAGACGUGAACUUUUAGUGAAAAGGCAGUGCUGGAGAUCUCUGCUGAGAUUACCAAACUUUGCUGACAGUUACCAAACUACACUGACAGUUAAACCCCCCCAUCUCUCCUUGGCCACAGGAGUUGCUGUCAGGAAGUGUGCAAACUUGCCUGGUUUUCAGAUUCAUCUCCCAGUGUGAGCAUUGGUUUCCUCACUCCAAUAUCUCGGCUUCCACCUCCCCCCCCCCCGAGUUUCCUCCCUCUCCGCCCCGCACACCAUUUUACUGACAUUAACUCUUGCUGUUUCAUUCUUGGCUUUUGCUCCCUUUAACAAAUAAAUGCAUGUACCAAUAAUUUUGGACAGUUCCUGUUACUUUUGAUCAAGCAGCUCCCGGGACUGAUUUCAAGGGGGCCAAAGGGGGAAUGAAACAAACGCAACCCCGCUGCUGCUCCCCCGGCAGCCAGCGCAGCCCCCGCCCCCUCGGGCAGGCUCCGGCCAUCCUCUCCGCUCUGUCCCUCCACCCCCACGGGCGGCUCCCAGCUCCCAGCAGCAAUCCCGGGGCUCUCAGGUCCGUUGAGAAGUUCUUCAUGGUAAGUUGCUGACAAGUAUUUAGCGAUCUCAGCGUAAUUCUGCAUCGCUCAUAGUGUCGUGACAGGGUUGAGAGCAUGUGCCCUGCAGCACCCUUCAGCCCCCUCCCAGCCCUUUCUGCUCCUCUCUGAUGGGCUUUACUGAUUCCCCCCUUCCCGUGCAAAUGAUGUCAUGUUUCAACUAUUUGCCUUCCAGCCCUGAGGUGCUGGACUUGAGUCUCUCCCGAGGCUCCUACACCAGCAGCUCUGUUUCCGCAGGGAUUAUAGCCAAGCUCAGACCUCGCCGAAGUAGAGUUUGUUUUUGUUUUUUAUUUUAAUAACUGCUGUAACCCUCCCCUUGUAUUACAGACCUAGCUGACAGCAUAAACACCCAUGUGUCACACAGAUCCGCCGGGGUUGACUCGACCACGGAACACAGCUCUCUAGUGUUUUCUGAUUUUCAGGGAGUUUCAAGGUUGUCGAGUCCCAGCUUCCUGUGCACCCCAGGGAAUGACAUUUCAUCCAGAACCCCUGUGCUCAGCCUGCUAGCUCUGCUUGCAGAACAUCAGGCAGAGGACAUCAGAAGUCAGUUGUCCUCCUCAGCAACAGACCUGGUGGUUUUUCAGCUUCGCUGCUUUAAAAAGCAAAAGGAAUUAUUAAUUCCAACCAAUUUCUAGGCUGUGGUUCCUUUCAUGGUGACAUCCUGUACAGGCUGAGCUGUGUUUAUAUCUUUGAAACCACGCUUGUGUUCUUUUUUUUUGACCUGGGUCUGACUGUGGGUAGGGCCACAGCCUGGCUCCGUUUCAGCUGCAACAGGGGAGAGGAGUUUCUUGAUGAUGUAUUCUGAUCACUCUUCUUUGGGACCAUGGUGCCUUUUUAAUCAGGACAGUAAAUCUUGUCCCAAGAUUCUGUACUUUUGUACGUUAACAGUUGUUGACUCUCCUUUUUUGGUGUGUCCCAAAAUAAAUUAAUAUAACAUA